AAUAAUUAGAGGAAGAAGGGAGAACAGCAUUUUCAUAAUCACAUUUUGAAGAAUGGAAAAUGAAGGGUGGGAUAGGUGUUCUUGGUCUGCACGCACUCUGGUAUCAAUAUUGGCUACAAUAAUUAUCCUACUCCAACCAGAUUACGGCAUCGCUAAGCGACACCCACCCUGUCCUACUUCAUCAUGCGGCCAAAUUCGCAACAUAAGUUACCCAUUUCGGCUCAAAGGCGACCCAGGUCAGUGCGGCGACCCAAGGUAUGAGUUAGAUUGCGUUAACAACGCCACUCUCUUACUAACCUUGUUGUCGGGAAAAUACCAUGUAAGAGAUAUCGACUACAACCAAUACAGAAUGGUUGUGAUUGACCCGGGUCUAGAGGAGGAGGGCAAUUGCUCCUUCAUCCCUCGCAAUUUCUUAACGGAUCGUAAUUUCGGAUCACAACCGUUCAAUUAUGAUUACUGGGUAAUGGUGAGAGUAGGGUACUUGAACUGCGUGAAUCCUGUGAGUGACGAUCCACGAUAUGUUAAGGUGGAGAGGAGUGGAUGUGGCAGCGGAGGGCACGUGUACGCUGUAUUGGACGAGCCUUAUGCGUAUAGUGUGCAGGACAUGAAGGUUGGGUGCGAUCUAAUGGUGGCUACUCUUUGGACACCGAAACAGAAUGUUACCUACGCUUGUGAUAGGAAGAACACCGAGACUAUGUGCUCUCCAAGGGAGUUUGAAGUGCUUGAAAAAUCACCGGCGGGGAAUGUUACAUACGAUGAUAUCCAUCGCAUAAUAAGUGAGGGAUUUUGGUUGUCCUGGUUGCCCACUGUUUGCGAGAAACAAUGUGGAAGGGGGGUGAUGUGUCAGAUUAGCAAUGAGUCCAGAGGAGAAGUCUUCUGUAUGAACCAUUACUGUAAUUACGCCUACCACACCCACAAGUGCGAACCUUGGCAAAAGAUUUUCGGCUAUAUCCGAGGUUAUCUUCAAGGCAUUAUUUAUGGAAUAGGUAGCAGAAUAACAUUCAGCCAAUACCCAGAUGUGCAAUAUUUUGAUGAAGGAAUUUUCAUAGGACGAAACGGUACAUUAAUAUUUUUUGCAGCCAGAUAUCUGUUUGGAGUUGUACUUAUUCUUGUGUUAUUGAUCUACAAAUGGCGACGAAGACAUUCUUCGAUAUAUGAAAAUAUUGAAAAUUUCUUGCUAGAUAGCCAUCUAAAUCCCAUCAGAUACCAAUACAAUGAAAUAAAAAAAAUGACUAGAGGUUUCAAAGUGAAACUGGGUCAAGGAGGCUUUGGUGUUGUAUAUAAAGGAAAACUCCAGAGUGGAUUGGAGGUAGCAGUAAAGAUAUUGAGCAAAUCUGAUGAUGAUGGACAGGAUUUCAUAAAUGAAGUAGCUACUAUUGGAACAAUACAUCAUAUAAAUGUAGUGCGUCUAAUUGGAUAUUGUGUUCAUAGAAAAAAGUGUGCACUAGUUUAUGAAUUUAUGUCAAAUGGAUCGUUGGAUAAAUACAUUUUUUCCAAAGAAGAAGGCAUUUGUUUAAGCUAUGAUAAAAUACAUGAAAUAUCUCUUGGAAUAGCACGUGGGAUUGCAUAUUUGCAUCAAGGUUGUGAUAUGCAAAUUUUGCAUUUUGAUAUCAAGCCUCAUAAUAUUCUUUUAGAUGACAACUUUGUUCCAAAGGUUUCAGAUUUUGGACUUGCAAAGCUACAUGCUACAAUUGAUGGUGUUGUCAAUAUGACCGCAGCAAGAGGAACAUUGGGUUACAUGGCUCCAGAGUUAUUUUAUAACAAUAUGGGUGGGGUAACAUAUAAAGCUGAUGUAUAUAGCUUUGGAAUGCUUUUAAUGGAAAUGGCAAGUAAAAGAAGGAACUCAAAUCCGGACGCAGAGCAUUCAAGUCAACAUUAUUUUCCUUUUUGGAUUUAUGAUCAAUUUAAAAAAGCAAAACAUGUUGACAUGCAAGAUGCUUCAGAAGAAGACAAUAUUCUAGUAAAAAAGAUGUUCUUAGUUGCACUUUGGUGUAUUCAAUUAAAACCAAGUGAUCGUCCUUCAAUGAAUAAGGUAAUAAUGAUGCUUGAAGGGAUGGCCGAAAGCCUUGAAUUACCUCCAAGGCCUUCCUUUUAUAAAGUUGAAUCAUAUGAACAUGAUGACAUUAGCUCUGAUGUCGCCAACUACACUUACUCUACUAGUCACCAUGGUGAAAGCCUAACAAUGGAUCACCAUAUAAGUAAGAAAACUUAAAUUAAGUGUAAUGUUGACAGGAGUAAUGGAUUAAUGUUAUAGGUUAGCCCUUGGAUAAAUUUAUUUGGUAUUAGUUAUUUGUUGUAGACAAUUAUGGUUUUUCAAGUGUAAGAAGAGAAGUCUAACGUCAUCAGUUCUAUCUUGGUACUUUUCUUAUUAUAAAAGUAGUAAAGUAUUUUCAUGGUAAGACUUCAAAAUCAUUUCCUUUACUUUUAUACUAUUUUGGUGCUUGAUAAAAAAAUAUGAGAUAGGAAAAAUAGUUCCUUCUUUAAGGUUUUAUUAAUAAUUGUGUUUUCUAUUUUCAAGAGAGGCACUACAAAAAAAAUAUUAUUUAAUGAAGGUUAAUUUGUGGAGGUUAUAAAAACCCUCCACAAAUUAGCAUUAUUUAAAAUAAUUAUGUUGGAUUGUCUAAGUACUAAAAUUAGUGGAGGUUUUAACAGUUUCUUGAAGAGGUCUAUAACCUCCAUAAAUUAUUUUACCUUUUUGAUUUCCCUCCAUUUUUUCAGCCUUUUCCUCCAAUGUUUUACACGCUCACUAAAGCGUUUCCCUCAAAUUUCCAAACCCGAGAUUCUUAUUUUCACUUUCGUUCUGAAAACUCUUUCAUCAAAUUGGCUUCAUCAUAUCGAUGUUCAUCUUUGUCAUCUUCGUACUUGCUCGUCGACCAUUUUUCGUCAUGUCCGUCCUCGCUCGUCAGUCGGUGCUCGUCGAUCAAUGCUCCUUGGGUGCGUUUUUUAUUUAGGAUUUUCAUCCACCGGUAGGUUUCAUCAUGUGAGUAAUCCUCACGAGGCACUCCUCCUCUCUCUCAACCCACUCCGGUCUCUCCCUCACUCUUUGCAAUCAAUGUUGUUCUGUUUUUCUAUUUCAUUUUUUCGAAUAACAAUGAUGUAAUAUCAGCAGGUGAUAUGGCUUUGCUAGGAAGAAAGUGAUGACAAGUGAAGUGGCUUUGAACAGACAACGUUGAGAGAGGUCAAAGAGGAAAUUCACAUUACUUUUGGAAUCCCGGUUAAGGUGAAUGUGCUCAUAGCCAACGAUGUUUUUCUUCUCAACAAAGAGGUUAAUGCACCAAUCUACAACCCCGAAGAUCUCAAAAACAUUAAGAAGAUAGUUGAAAGAGAUGAUGCAUUUGAAGAACUUAAAGAAUGGCACUCACUUGGGAGGGUUCCUGUUUUUUGCUGCAUUGUGUGAGGGAACUUUUUAGUAAUAAUAUAACAGGGAAAAUACCAAUUGAGCUUGGGAGUUUGAGAAACUUGGUGAGCCUGGAGCUUAACUUGAACAAAAUUACUGGUCCCAUUCCAGAAGAAAUAGGCAACCUUAAAAACCUACGUUUCAUGCGUCUCAACAAUAACAACUUGUCAGGAAAAAUUCCUAUGCCUUUGACCAAUCUCUAUAAACUGCAAGUGCUUUUUAUGAAUAACCCCCUAUUGAAAUUUACAAGCCUUCAAUCUCCACCAGCUGCCGCAUCACUACCAACUCCUUCAGAAAUAUGUUUGUUUUUGGAAAUCCCUGGCAACGCCCCAAUGGAGCAAAGCAUCAAUGAUCUAAGAGCAGAGAUGGGAGUGGAGUCCUCUCCAUCACCUGGGCCCACUGCUAAGCCAACAGAGGAGGAAACCAAGGAAGGGGGUUCAGCUUAAAUGACGAUUUGAUUUCACUUGCUACAUUUUUCAUGUAUUUCACUGUACAAGGAUUUUGGUACUUUGCAUCUAUAUAUGUCUGCUGAAGUGGUUUGGAAAA